GCGUGCGCGCGAGCGCGCGCGACAGCCUCGUUCCGAGGUGGUCUCGGUUCUCAUCCCGGCGUGAGGGGCGCCAGAGUCAGCGUACCUUGUGGGCCACCGUCCUUAUCCCGAGCCGCCCUGCGCCGGUCGAUCCCGGCGCGCGCGGGCGGUGCCGGAGCCUCUGGGCACCCCCUCCCCCUCUCCCCCUCUCCCAGGGAUCAGAAUCACCGUCGUGUCCGCCCGGCCGCGCGCACCCCCCCCCACAUACACACAUAUGCAUGCGCGCGUGCGCGCAUAGACCCGCACCCACGGAGCCAUGAGGGUGGCAGGCCCUCUGCGCAUUGUGGUGCUGAUCUUGACUGCAGGCCUCACCUGGAUCUUGGGCAGCAUUCUCCUGGGGUCCCAUGGGAGCAGCUUCUCUCGGAUCCAACAACUCUUCAGCAAUCCCGAGAAUGCAGUGACAACAGCAGAAAGGGCCUUCUCCCUGUGGUCUGUCCAGCCCAGUCCUGAGGCCAGCCACCCUGCCGGGCAUGACAAGCCCCGGGCCAGGAAAUACAAAUGUGGCUUACCCCAGCCGUGUCCUGAACAGCACUUGGCCUUCCGUGUGGUCAGUGGGGCUGCCAAUGUCAUCGGACCCAAGAUCUGCCUAGAGGAUAAGAUGCUGAUGAGCAGCGUCAAAGACAAUGUUGGACGUGGGCUGAACAUUGCCUUGGUGAAUGGAGUGAACGGGGAACUCCUCGAGGCCAGAUCCUUCGACAUGUGGGCCGGAGACGUUAAUGAUUUGCUGAAGUUCAUCCGGCCGCUCCAUGAGGGGACGCUGGUAUUUGUGGCUUCCUAUGAUGAUCCAGCCACCAAGAUGAACGAGGAGACCAGGAAAAUCUUCAGUGAGCUAGGCAGCUCAAAUGCUAAGGAACUGGCCUUCCGGGACAGCUGGGUGUUUGUUGGGGCCAAAGGAGUUCAGGACAAGAGCCCCUUUGAGCAGCAUGUGAAGAAUAGCAAGAGCACCAACAAGUAUGAGGGCUGGCCCGAGGCCUUGGAGCUUGAAGGCUGCAUCCCUCAAAGGACCGUGGGCGCCCAGUGAGCCUACCGGCUUCCUCUUUCUCCUGUCUUCCAUCCUGGCUGGCCACCUGGGAAGGCCAUCCCUGGACUCAUGGCCCCCUGAAUGAGAGGGGAGUGAGCCGAGCCCCACCUGGUGCCCGUCCACUCCCCCGGCAUGCACACGCAUGCACAGAGCUGCUCAUGGGCCCUCCCCCAGUGCCUUACUCCAACUCCUUCCAGGAAUCCUCCCUCACCCCCUUCCCAGAUCACUCCAGCUCUCUUGGAGACUGAAUGUAACAGGUGGUGGGAUAGUAUAGUCGGGCCCUUUCAGUCAGUCACAUUCUGCCCUCCCUUCCCAUACACACAUGCCCCAUGGCCAAACUGAGUUGGGCUCCUCGUACAUCUCCCCAACUUGGUCCCUCUCCAUGCCUUUGGCUUGGUCUUCAGCUCUGCUGACGGUCCUCUUGGCCACUGUUCCCUGGUUCCCAGCAGCCCUCCCAGACAGGGCUCUGAUGCCUGGUUCUGCUGUCUUCUGAGUGCGGUGGUAUGACUUUGGGGCAGACAGACACUAAGAAAGAGCUCUGCACCCACCCCACAUCUCCUGAGCCUGUCACUUCCUCUUCGAAGCAGAAUUAAGGGCAUAUGCAAUUCUUCAUAGUUACGUCAGCAUUAUCUUUAAUAAACUGAAUUUCUAUUUGG